GAAGAGCAAUUCAUGUCGUCACUCCCUCCGAUAGCGUCACUCGUACCAAUAAAUAGCUUCUUCUGGCUCUAACUUGCGAUCAUUAUGGAGUCGCUUUUCUUUCUAUAACUGGAGCUUCCGGGUGACCGAGACCUGAGCCGAUGUCAGAACGGUGAAGCUGCACCAGGGACGUGCAGGAGCGAGGGCGGUGUCCCGGAAGGAGGAUGCAAAUCUGAGAGAGCACCACUGAUGCUUGGCUCUUUGCUCACGUUGAUCGACUGCUGUUUCCUCCCUUUUUCUUUCAGUGGGAGGGAACAUGGCCGGAAAGGUGAAGUGGGUAACGGAUAUUGAAAAGUCAGUGCUCAUUAACAACUUUGAGAAGAGGGACUGGAUUCAAGUGACGGAAAAUGACGACUGGAAUUUUUACUGGAUGAGUAUCCAGACCAUCCGCAAUGUGUUUAGCGUGGACACGGGCUACCGUCUGACUGACGAGCAGAUGGUCAACCACUUUCCCAACCACUACGAGCUGACACGGAAGGACUUGAUGAUCAAAAACAUCAAGCGCUACCGCAAGGAGCUGGAAAAGGAAAGCAGCAUGCUGGCCGAGAAGGAUGACAACGGGAAAUACAUCCAUCUCGAUUUUGUCCCAGUGACAUUCAUGCUCCCGGCGGAUUAUAAUCUCUUUGUGGAGGAGUUCCGCAAGAAUCCGUCCAGUACGUGGAUCAUGAAGCCGUGCGGGAAGGCGCAGGGCAAAGGCAUAUUCCUCAUCAACAAACUGUCCCAGAUCAAAAAGUGGUCGCGGGACAGUCGCACCUCCACGUUCAUGGCACCCUCUAGUGGCAAGGAGGCCUACGUCAUCUCCUUAUACAUCGACAAUCCCCUUCUGAUCGGUGGGAGAAAGUUUGACCUGCGUCUGUACGUGCUGGUCACCACGUAUCGGCCACUCAAAUGCUACAUGUACAAGCUCGGUUUCUGUAGGUUCUGCACGGUGAAGUAUACGCCAAGUACAAGCGAGCUGGAUAACAUGUUUGUGCAUCUCACCAACGUGGCCAUCCAGAAACAUGGCGACGACUACAACCACGUGCACGGCGGGAAGUGGACUGUGGCUAACCUGCGUUUGUACCUGGAGAGCACAAGAGGAGAGGAGGUGACCAGUCGCCUCUUUGACCAGAUCCACUGGAUUGUGGUGCAGUCCUUAAAGGCUGUGGCUCCUGUGAUGAACAAUGACAAGCAUUGUUUUGAGUGUUAUGGGUAUGACAUCAUCAUUGAUGACAAGCUCAAGCCGUGGCUCAUUGAGGUCAACGCAUCGCCCUCACUGACAUCCAGCACGGCCAAUGACCGCAUCCUCAAGUACAACCUCAUCAACGACACCCUGAACAUUGUCACGCCCAAUGGUGAGAUGCCGGACAGCCGCUGGAACCGAAGUCCGCCGAGAGACGCCCUGGGGAACUAUGAACUUCUGUACGACGAAGAGCAGGCACAGAGCGACGCCGACUUGCGGACCCGCUCGGGUCAAUCGCUUGGGUCAAAGGGCACCAAGGCUAGCGGUGCCAUCCGCACCGCUGCGGCUACCUGGAAGUGAUGGACUUUUUUUUUAAACAUCAUUGCUCAUCCUGGACUGAAAAAAAAUGCAUUUUUCAUUUGUUUUUAAGUUGGAUUGUGCCUCAUUUGCCGACUACUAUCUUGUGGAAUGUCAUUUUGUUUGCCCACGGAGAAUGCACCUGCUUUAUAAAAUUAUUCAACAUGC